AUCUAAAUAUAAUGUAAAUAUAAUUAUUGGUAUACUUUAUAUACAGAAUAUCAACAAUAAGUGAAACAAAUAAUUAAUUGAUUUUGAAUUAUAUUGAGGACUGACUGUAUUGACUCAUCAGUCAAAUUGAUUGCAUGUAAACAAAAGUGACUCAAAUUGAGUGAAUGUUUUGAUUGCCAUUCAAUUAAUGACUCAUUUGUUUGAAUCAAAUAUCAAUUGAAUGAAACAAUUAAUGUUUGGAUUGUUUUUGUAUUGAUUAGUGAUAUCAUUGUUUAUAUGAGUAAUCAUUAGAUUAUUAACUCAUUGAUUGUUAACAUUUAUUUGGUAUUAAAGUGAUAGUUGUGUUGAUUGGUGUCAAUCGAUGGCCACUAAUAAUAUAUCCAUAACUUCUUCUGUUAUUAAUGAGACGACCAGUUCAUUACCACACAUACCGACACAAUCGCCACGAUUAACACAUGAGAAGCGGUCCAAUCAAUGGAUCAAAUUGAAUGUCGGCGGUACUCACUUUAUGACCACAAGAAUCACUUUAUGCAGAGAUCAGAACUCAUUUCUUUAUAGACUCUGUCAGGAAGACCACGACCUCAACAGUGAUAAAGACGAAACGGGAGCUUAUCUUAUAGAUAGAGAUCCGUCUUAUUUCGGACCUAUUCUUAAUUACUUAAGACACGGAAAGCUUAUCAUUGAUAAGGACUUGUCUGAAGAAGGAGUCUUAGAAGAAGCAGAGUUUUACAACAUAACAGAAUUAAUAAAGUUAUUAAAGCAAAGAAUCACUGAACGCAAUAACAAUAAAAAAGUGGACAAUAGUCGCAAACAUGUUUAUCGUGUCCUCCAAUGCCAUGAGGAUGAGCUGACACAUGUUGUAUCCACUCUAUCUGAUGGCUGGAAGUUUGAACAGUUGAUUAAUAUUGGAUCAAAUUAUAAUUAUGAAGAACAGGCAGAAUUCCUGUGCGUUGUGUCCCGCGAUUAUCCCAAUAGCAAUGCAAGUGAUCGCAGGAUCGGCUCAACUGAUAAAGCAAAGUUGAUCCAACAAAAAGCAGCGAACAUGUGAACUCAGUUACGACUUAAUCCAUCCAUUUGUAAGAAAGGGUCUGUUAUUGAUGAAUGAAUAUAUAGUAUAUGUUUUGAAGUCAUUGAGCAUACGCUUUGAAUUGCUUAUUGAUUUAAUUCAUUUGUGUAUACAAUAAAGCCGGUGCUUAUGUUAUAAUUAAAGACCGGUUUUUAUAUUCACAUAUUUAUUAAUUCACUUAAAGUGCUCUGUUUUUGGGCACAUUUUCACAUUUUAGUCCACUUUUUAUAUAUGAAUAUUGUUUGUAUUUGUUGACUGAUUGUAUGACUUUUUACCAAAGAUUUACAAGAUUUGAUAAAUAGGUUUUCACAACAAAACAAAUGUGAAGACCUUAGGUGACUGUCACUCACCUAAAGCUUAUGACUAAAUUAAAUGUUAAGUUUUAAAUGUGUACAACAAAUAUGUGUUUAAAUGCAAAUAAUGACAUUAGAGCGCCAUUGGCCUAAGUUUAUGCCUAAUAUAAUAUAAUGUUAUAAUUUGGUAUACAAUCGACUAUAUAAUUGCAUAAAUUUAUAAUACUGUAUAUCGACUAUUUUAAACAUAUUAGUAAAUAUCAAAAAGUUAUUAACUAUUUGACUCAAAUUAUGACAUUUAUAAUUAUGAGUGACUGUCGGUAGUGCCGGCACUUACCGUAAGUUACGCAUAAAUACGAGCAUACAUUACCUUAAUAUGAAUUUACAGUAAAUCAAUUAU